UGGGGAAAAAGCCAUUACUCUUUACUUCUGCAAAUAACCUUUCUUUAAUUGUCAAAAUUUAUCUCUUUCUCUCUCAGUCUUCACGCGGAUUCUCACUACCAAAUAAAUCCCAUCUUCAACAACGAAAUUUGAUUAAUUCUUUACAAAUUCAACAAAAACCCAUCAAGAAAAACCAUUUCUUUAUCGAUAUCAACCAAAACCCACCAAGUUGUGUAGCAGUAGAGUUUACAGAAAAUGGCGUCGGCUGCCAUUUUUUCAUCUUUGCGGCGGAGCAGGUCGCCGACGUUAGACGCGUUCUUGGCGCCGGUGGAUCUGGAGAACGACGUCGUGGGUUUGUUAAAAACCCUAACCAGCAUCGCAUCUGACCUCAUCUCGUCAUUCUCUGACAAGACGCCGCCAUUUCAAAAGAAGAAUUCCAGAUCUUUGAUCCGGAAAAUUGAAUUGUUUGUCGUGUUGUUGGAUUCCGUUCGUGAGUCAGGUGAGUGGUGGUCGAAUCUGCCGUCAACGGUGGUUCUAUGCUUUAAGGAAUUGUACCUUCUGCUGUACAGGUCCAAAAUCCUCCUUGAUUACUGCACUCAGUCGAGUAAGUUAUGGCUGUUGCUUCAAAACCCUUCAAUUUCCGGUCAUUUUCAUGAUCUUAAUCAAGAAAUCUCCACACUUUUAGAUGUUUUCCCCAUGAAUAAAUUGAAUUCUUUGAUUAGCGAUGACGUUAAAGAACAGAUAAACUUACUACAAAAGCAAUCCAGACGGAACAAAUUGUUCAUAGAUAAACACGUUGAAUCAUUACGAUUGAAGUUCUUCAAGCUACUAAACGAAAUCGGAACCGGAAACAUCCCAAAUUCGGAAGAAUUCCAUGAUUUUUUGGUUACAAAAUUGGGGAUCCUUGACGCUAGGGCUUGCCGGGUUGAAAUUGAGUUCCUCGAAGAACAAAUUGUGAACCACGGGAGCGAUCUUGAGCCAUCAGCUUCCGUUCUCGGUGGGGUUAUCGCCAUGAUUAGAUACUGUAGAUUCUUGUUAUUUGGAUUCGAAGAAGACGAAGUGGAAAUUUCUCACAGAUUCAGAAGAGGAAAGAAAAGAGGAUUAAUCUCAAAAGAAAUCGCCGAUACGUUUAUAACAAUCCCAAAAGAUUUUUGUUGUCCAAUUUCAUUAGAUUUGAUGAUGGAUCCUGUAAUAAUAUCAACCGGCCAGACUUUCGAUCGAGCUUCAAUUUCAAGAUGGAUCGAAGAAGGUCACUGCAACUGCCCAAAAACCGGUCAAACUCUUGUCCAUAAAAAACUUGUACCAAAUCGAGCUCUUAGAAAUCUAAUCAUGCAAUGGUGCACUGCUCACAAGAUCCCAUACAGUCCUCCUGAAAGCUCCGAUCUCGCCGGAGAAUCUUUUCCGGCGGCUCCGGCAAGCCGACCGGCGGUGGAAGCUAAUAAAGCCACGGUCGGGCUUCUGAUUCGGGAACUAGAAAACGGUUCCGAUUCCGGUAAAGCAAUCGCCGCCCGUGAAAUCCGGUUUCUGGCAAAAACCGGAAGAGAAAACCGGGGAUUCAUAGCGGAAUCCGGCGUGAUUCCACAUCUGAAAAUUCUUCUUUCAUCGGAAAGUGCAGUGGCACAAGAGAACGCAGUGACUGCAAUGUUGAAUCUUUCAAUUUACGAUAAAAAUAAGAGUAGAAUCAUGGAUGAAUCCGGUUGUUUGAGAUCAAUCGUGGCGGUUUUAAAAUCCGGCCACACAAUUGAAUCUCGGGAAAACGCCGCCGCCACUUUAUUCAGCCUUUCCGCCGUCCACGAUUACAAAAAACUCAUCGCCGAUGAAGCUGGAGCUUUACAGACACUCGCCGGAAUGUUACUUUCCGGUACACCUAGAGGGCGGAAAGACGCCGUCACCGCCUUGUUCAAUUUGUCAACCCACACCGCAAACUGUGUGAAAAUGAUCGAAUUCGGGGUGGUGAAAUCGUUAGUCGAAGCGUUGGAAUGUGACGGGGUGGCGGAGGAGGCUGCCGGAGCGUUGGCGUUGAUAGUCCGGCAACCGGUGGGAGCGGAGGCGGUCGGCCACGAAGAGGCGGCGGUUGUCGGUUUGAUUGGAAUGAUGAGGUGUGGGACUCCGAGAGGGAAGGAGAACGCGGUAGCGGCGUUGCUUGAGCUUUGCCGGAGUGGUGGUGCCGCCACCACCGAACGGGUGGUGAGAACUCCGGCGUUGGCGAGUUUGAUUCAGAGUUUGUUGUUUACCGGGACUAAGCGGGCCCGGAGGAAGGCGGCAUCACUUGCUCGGGUUUUUCAAAGGUGUCAUUAUGAUACUUUGCAUUUUAACGGGUUGCGGUUUGGGUAUGGGUUUGCCGGAAACUCAACCACCGGAAUGGAAUCGGGUUUUCCGGCGGAAACAGUUUCCGUGACGAUGUCGAUGCCGAUGUCGGUUUCGGUUUCUUAGAUUGGGAGUUGUUGCUGACGAAAAAGUCAUGAACUUUGAAUGAUGGGGGAACAAGCACCAAUUGCCUCUUUGUGUGGCCUAAAAUCAUUGAAAUUGGAAACAACACUAAGUGGUUGUGCAUCACUUAUUAUGAUCUUGGCCAUGUUGCAUUUUGCUUUUGUCACCACUCAAAAUGUUAUGUAAGAUCUUAAAAUGACACAAGUUAGAUGAAUUUUUUUAGAGUGAUACAUAUACAUUUUGGAUUUACAUUUGUCUUUAUGAUAGAAAAUAAUUGGACUUAAUGUAAAUGCCCACAAUUUGAAUAAGUUGAUUCCUUUUGAUA